UUGGUCCUCAGUGAGGCAGCGGGUAAUGGCGGCGUAAACAACGCAAAGUUGGGUGCGAGAUACUACUUAGGCGAACCGCUAUUAAAAAUAAAACAUAAGAGACUAUGACUAAACGGAAUAUGUUUUCGAUACCAAGAACAUUCUUGCUCGCUGUGCUUACUAUCAUAACCCCGAUAAUUCUGGUUGUGUUUAGCCGCUAGUUCAGGCUAACGUUUAGCCUACUUUGCUAACUUAAAGGAAAAGUAACGUUGGUUACGUUAAUGACCGUUAGUUAACUGAGAUGGAUUGCAUCGUGACGGGAGGAAACGUGAAAGUGUUGGCCAAAGCCAUCAAUUCUCUGUCCAGGAUCGGAGAUGAGCUCUACGUGGAGCCUCAGGAAGAGGGGCUGGCCCUGCGGUCUGUGAACUCCUCUCGGUCGGCAUAUGCUUGCUUCCUGUUCGCACCACUCUUCUUUAGCAGGUACGCCAUCCCAUGUGGGCACACCUUCCGCUGCAAGAUUGCAAUAAAGAGUGUGCAGGCCGUAUUCAGGUCCCUAGCAACUCUGGAAAAGACGGUGGAAAAAUGUCAUAUCGAGCUGGACGAGCAAAAGAACCGCCUCACCUUCACCCUGCACUGCAAACACGGCCUCAUGAAGACACAUAACCUGUCUUUCCAGGACAGUGAAAGCUUACAGGCCGUGUUUGAUAAAGACAGCUACGCCAAUGUAUUCAGGUGCAAUCCCAGGCUGCUGGUGGACACAGUUGUCCACUUCCCUCCGUCUCUAGAAGAAGUGACGGUGUCAGUGAGCGAUGAACGGAUGUGGUUCAGGAACCAUGUGGAGGAGGAUGCAGACCAGUCGAAGGCCAUGCUGACAGAGCUGUGUCUGGCUUCUGAGGAGUUUGACCAUUUUGAUGUCAAAGCCCACAACAGGGUCACCUUUUGUCUGAAGGAGUUACGGGGUUUGCUAGUGUUUGCAGAGUCUACUGGUCUCCCUAUUUCUAUGUACUUUGAUGAACCGGGCAGCCCCGUAGUGCUUUCACUAACGGACAGUGUGCUGGAGGGGAACUUUGUGCUGGCCACGCUUUCUGAUGACCCCAACCAUCGUAAAAACAACCCCAAACGAACAUGCACGCCACCGCCGCCGCCCCCUCCUGAUGACUUCAUGAAUGACGACAUAGACUGCUACCUCAUCGCCAUGGAUACCAGUAUUGCGGCAGGUCCCUCGGCUGCAGGUCCGCCCACACCCCCAUUAACGGAUUCUUCAUGUUCAAAACGGACUGCUGUAGCCAAUCACAGGACGAGGCCACACAGUGAGGAGGAGGAAGAGGAAGAUGAAACUGCUGAUUCAGGCAGACCACCUAAUAAGAAGUUCUGUUCCUUGUUCUUUGGAUCUGUGCUUCCCCCGUCCUCUCAGAUGACCACUCAACCAGUGACAAGUCAGCAAGUGUUGGCCAGUGACAGUGAGGACGACGAGCAAUGAAGCAACCUUUGACGUUUAUACACACUGCAGCACUGGAGAGGAAAUCUGCACCUUCAACCAUCAUUUUCAUCUUUACCAGCCCGUACCACUGUUCUACAGGGAGUGUGUUCUUUUUAAGAUAUGCAGAGACAGUACAGAAAAGGACAUUACAAUGUUUUAUUGGACUAAAAUGUUGAAAAUAUGGGAUUAUGUGAACCUGGACAUGAAGCACUUCCUGUUUAUUUUGGUUUAUGAUCUAGGUAUGACAAAAAAGCUCUAAAUAAAAGACACAUAUUUUUCAAAUUA